GUGUGUGUGUGUGUGUGUGUGUGUGUGUGUGCUGUAGAAGACAUCCAUCCAUCCAUCCAUCCAUUUUCAGUAUUCCCUAGUGUGGUUGGGAGGGUCUGUAGAAGACAAUAUAAUAUAAAGUAAGGUGAUGAGCAGCCUCUGCUUCUGCUGCAGCAUGAGUCUACAGGAGAUCAGUGAGAAUGUCAAGCUGGCGCGGGAGUACGCUCUGCUGGGGAACUACAGCUCAGCCAGUGUUCUGUACCAUGGCCUGCUGGACCAGAUCAAGAACUACAUGUACACUGUAAGGGACGGCGGCGUUCAUCAGCGAUGGCAGCAGCUGUGGCAAGAAAUCAAUGAAGAGAGCCGGCAAGUUCAGGACAUCAUGUCCACUCUGCAGAGCUUUCAGCUGGACACGGCGCCCGCUAAACCCUCCAACCAUGACGACUUUGAAAUGAGGCCGGCACAUGUGGAACCAAGACACUCUCCUGGCCCCGUCAGGCGCUCCAACUUUCAUAAGGAGAGCAAACCCUCCAACCACCGGCUGAGCGCCGCCGUGAGGCCCCACCAGAAGCAGCCCCAGCGGGGGGCCAACGGGGCCGGGGGCCGAGCCUCCAAGGCCAAAGAAAAGAAGGAAGCAAAGGAGGUGAAGGAGGCUGGCGGCAAAGCCAAGGACGACAAGGAGAAAGAGGUGAAAAAGUUUGACGGUACAGGAUACGACAAAGACCUGGUGGAAGCCCUGGAGAGAGACAUCAUAUCUCAGAACCCCAGUGUGAGAUGGGACGACAUUGCAGAUUUGGAAGACGCCAAGAAACUGCUGAAAGAAGCGGUGGUGCUGCCGAUGUGGAUGCCUGCUUUCUUCAAAGGCAUCAGGAGACCAUGGAAGGGUGUUCUCAUGGUGGGCCCUCCAGGCACGGGGAAGACUCUGCUGGCCAAGGCCGUCGCUACGGAAUGCAGGACUACUUUCUUCAACGUGUCUUCGUCCACGCUGACCUCCAAGUACCGAGGAGAGUCGGAGAAGCUGGUUCGCCUUCUGUUUGAAAUGGCGCGCCACUACGCUCCCACCACCAUCUUCAUCGAUGAAAUCGACUCGAUGUGCAGCCGCAGAGGAACCUCAGAGGAGCAUGAGGCCAGCAGGAGGGUGAAGGCAGAGCUGCUGGUCCAGAUGGACGGGGUGGGCGGGGCUUCAGAGAACGAUGACCCUUCAAAGAUGGUGAUGGUGCUGGCAGCCACCAACUUCCCCUGGGACAUCGACGAGGCACUGAGGAGGCGGCUGGAGAAGAGGAUCUACAUCCCUCUGCCUUCCAUAAAGGGCCGGGUGGAGCUGCUCCGGAUCAACCUGAAGGAGCUGGAGCUGGCCAGUGACGUAGACCUGGACAAGAUCGCAGAGCAGCUGGAGGGAUACUCAGGAGCUGACAUCACUAACGUGUGCAGAGACGCCUCCCUGAUGGCCAUGAGGCGACGGAUCGAGGGUCUCACCCCGGAGGAAAUCCGGAACCUGUCCCGGGACGAGAUGCACAUGCCAACCACCAUGGAGGACUUUGAGUCGGCUCUGAAGAAAGUCUCCAAAUCCGUGUCAGCUGCUGACCUGGAGAAGUACGCCAGCUGGAUCGAGGAGUUUGGAUCGUGCUGAGAAGAAAUCGAACCGAACGUUUAAAGAUGUUUUAGCGUGAGUUUGGCUGAGCCGUUUGUGUGCAGUCUGAUGUGAGCGGAUGUUUAGAAUGUGAAGUAUUGCUGCGCUUGUUUUGUACAUAAUGUUCAGUUUGAAGUGGUAACAUGCUGCUCUGUAGCAAAAACUUCAUGUUGUCGUCUAUCAGGGAGUUAACAGCCAAUCAGGAGUCAUUUACUUACUUUUAAUUACAAUUGAUGUUUUGAGACCAACAUUUCUUUUUUCUUGUCUUUUGGACAAUUUACAUUUCUAUAAAAGCAACACUAAAGAUAUUUCUAUAAAUAAAGUUAUUGUUCAAUUAAA